GCUGAAUCAGAACUCGCCACCUCCUCUUCCUCCAUAGACGAUUCCAGGAAGGCCGAUCUCUCUUUCGAAGAUGUCAGCAAUAAAGAGCUGAAUGGCCUUAUCGAACAAUACUUCAAAGGGGACGAACAAAUACUUCCUUCGAUUAUGGAGGCUAUCAUGAAGCGAGGGCUUUCGAGGAAGCAUGAAGAGACGGAUGAUGAGUUGAUGGACGAGCUCCGGAUGGUGCCGCUGGAGAACGUCACGAACGCCGAGUUCGAAUCCGACUUUGAGGAGCUCCACGAGACCGAUGAGGAGAUUGACGACCUCUAUAAUGCGCGCGAUUACGUCCAGAAGAAGAUGAUGAAGGAUGAAUUUUUUAACAUGGAUGAUCGAAAGUGGGAUGAAAUGAUCAAAGAGGCAACAGAGCAGGGCUUCCUGAAGGAUACUAGGGAAUGUGAGCAAAUACUUGAGGAUAUGCUCAGCUGGGACAAGCUCCUUCCUGAUGAGAUAAAGGAAAAAGUUGAGGCCAGGUAUAAGGAGUUAGAAGACAUGGUUGGAGAAGGAAAAUUAGAACCUGUGGAAGCUUACAGAAUGUUCAAAGAAUUUGAAGACCGAAUGGUUCUUGAAUGCCAAGAAAUCAUGGCAGCAGAAGAGCCUCCCCCUGAUGAAAGUGAAACUAUCGAAUCAAAUGACAAGAAGAAGAUAGUUUUGGAUGAUCCACCUGGUGAAGGACCAAUCCUAAGGUGGGAAUCUCGUGUUGUAUUUGCUCCAGGUGGUGAUGCAUGGCAUCCAAAAAAUAGAAAAGUCAAACUUUCUGUCACUGUAAAGGAACUGGGGCUUUCGAAGCAUGCAUUCCGCAGAUUAAGAGAGGUAGUUGGAAAGAGAUAUCAUGCUGGAAAAGAUGAGCUAACAAUCACUAGUGAGAG